AUGGCCCACCAAACACAUGCCUACCACAUAGUAGACCCAAGCCCAUGACCAUUAACAGGCGCAGCAGCAGCAUUAUUUACAACUUCCGGUCUCGCCAUAUGAUUCCACUAUAAUUCAAUAUUACUAAUAAUCCUAGGUUUAUCAAUCAUACUACUCACUAUAUUCCAAUGAUGACGAGAUGUCGUACGAGAAGGAACCUUCCAAGGACAUCAUACCCCUCCAGUACAAAAAGGACUACGAUAUGGCAUAAUCCUAUUCAUUACAUCAGAAGUAUUUUUCUUCAUCGGAUUCUUCUGAGCUUUUUACCAUUCAAGCCUAGCCCCCACACCAGACCUAGGAGGAUGUUGACCCCCAACAGGAAUUACACCACUAAACCCAUUUGAAGUGCCCCUACUAAACACAGCAGUCCUAUUAGCCUCAGGUGUAACAAUCACAUGAGCUCACCACAGCUUAAUAGAAGCCAACCGAAGCCAAACCACUCAAGCCCUUAGUCUCACAAUUUUACUGGGACUAUACUUCACAGCAUUACAAGCCAUAGAAUACUAUGAAGCACCGUUCACAAUUGCUGAUGGUGUAUACGGUUCUACAUUCUUUGUCGCAACAGGCUUCCACGGAUUACACGUAAUCAUUGGAUCCACAUUCUUAAUUGUAUGCCUACUACGACAAAUUAAAUACCAUUUCACCUCCACCCACCACUUUGGAUUUGAAGCAGCUGCUUGAUACUGACAUUUUGUAGACGUUGUAUGGCUCUUCUUAUACGUAUCAAUCUAUUGAUGAGGCUAA